ACACACACACAUAGAGGGAAGGGAAGGGAGACGGAGAGAGAGGCAGAAGAGAAGAGGUUCUUCAGCUGCCCACAGCAGCAACAGCAGCACGGUCUUGGGUCUUUUCCUUGUUCUUCGCGGUUAAUUUAAUUUAUGCUCCAGGAGCCAAAAAAGCACAGCCCCUCCCGGCCUUCUUAAGCGAGCCUGGCUCACAACAACACAGGAGCAAACUCAGGCCCCAGACUGCUCCUGCUCACAGGGCAGCACCAAGCGCUGAGCGGAGGGGGAGCGAGCGUGACACGAGGACGCUUGGAGAGGAGCGUCUGUGACCUGAGCAGAGAGGAGGAAGAAGAUCCGUUUUCAUUCCACCUUGCUUUUCUCUCCCUCGCCCGUCACAGGCAAGCCACAAGAAGACUGAAGAGGGCCGCAGGAGAGGAAGUAGAAAAAGCCAGGCCUUGUUUUCCAGCAAACAACUGCUAAGACAGAGGGGACUUCUUUGAACUUUGAUCUUGUUUAAAGAGAGAGGGAGACUGUGGAGAAUGAUUUCUGCCCUGCUCUGGCCUUGAUAAACUCGUGCUCUUUGUUAUUUAACAAAAAAACACCCUUAAAAGGAAGAAGUAACACUUUGCCUUGGAUACAGUGUAUUUACAGCCCUGAAGCACAUUUGUCUUCCCUUGUUUUGAUCAAGAGAGGUGACCUGAAAGAUAACACAGAAGAGCACCAAGCUACCCUGGGGAGAUUUAGGAUCCAGCACGCGACAACUUUUUUUUUUUAAACCGCACACAGCUGCUAAGUCUUUUUCAAAACCUUGGCUUUUGGCUUCUUUCUUUGCAGGGGAAGGGGGCGGCAGACUGAACUUCAGAAGACCUCAGCUACAUUACUUUUCCCUCAGUCCAAGAGCACUGUUUUGUUUUGUUUUGCACAUACAGGCGACUAUGCCCAUAUUUUUGUGUUACGAUCUGGCUCCGUGAGGGAAAAGGAAAACAUAUUUUUGGUGUAUAUAUUUUGGAAUAUAUCUUUUUGGUGCCUGUGGAGGGGGGGGGGAUUCUGCUCCCUAAAACAAGUAUAAAGUUUUUGUCUUUAUCCUGCCCAACCUUUUUAAAAUGUAUGCUUAUUCCCCAUUCGAUCUGGGAAGCAGGAAAUAGUAAAGUGAGACUGGGGGUGCUGUCAGAUUGGAAGAUAACUGCUUUCUCCCCUCUGAGAACUGGUUAGACUGGUUUGGCAGAGACUGUGCUCUUCUGCAGUUUUUUUUUUUGCCUGCCCUGGGGACGUUGAACUCUUGUUUCUGUCUCCCUGCUGAAGGUGAGAGGCUUUCGGUGUCCGACAACAGAACUAAGCCGUUUUUUGUUGUUGGUUUUUUUCUUGAGGGGAGUGUGGGGGUCUUCUCCUCCCCCCCCACAGGUUGGGCUGUGUGGUGAAUUAAAUCUCGUUUGUGCCAGCGUGCGCGGCUCUGUGUAAUUUAUUGUUUCCUGUGAAAAAGGCCAGGCCAAGCCCUGUCCUUCGCACUGUGAACCUGUUGUUCUGGAGCUUGAAAGAGGAAAAAAAAAAGAGUCGAGGGGCAGUCAUCAAAACGGAGAGGAGAACACAAGAGACUGGGGGGGGGGGGGGGGGAGGCCCACACCGCCCCAAAACUGUGCAGCCAAACAGAAAAAGUAAGUCGACAUGACAAGAGCCGCCUUCCCAGGAUUUCUGUUUUAAAGGGAACCCUUUACUCCCUGAAACAAAAGAGGCCAGGAACGGGAAUGUUUGUUUUGCCAUCCGAGAAGAAGUUCUAGCGUCUGCCUCUCUUUCGAAAAAGGCUCCUCUGUGGCCAAAGGAAAAGGCAGAUUCCCAGAAGAUCAAAGGGAUCCGUUUAGUCGGGUGAUCUGACAAAUAACGCGCUGGUGUAAGACUCCAGAGGAGAGCAGAAGGAAUAACGCCAAUCAGUAUGGAUUAUUAAAAGGAGCAGUUAGAGCAACAACCAAAAAAAGAGAGAGAAAAGACCCACAGAACUUCCUGAUAGUAACAGCACCGGAGGAACCCAGUCUAAGGUACCUGAGCUCCCUAAAGGUGGGUGUUUCUCUUUUAGGGCAAGAGAGAAGCUUUUGCUCCCACCUCCCUCUGUAGUUGCCCCUCGCCUGCCGGGCUGUCGGUGGGGGUGCAGGUUUGGGCUGUGCGGACCAGCGAUGGCCAUGGUGAGCGGGGGCUGGGGUGACCCAAACGGGGACACCAACGGGCUGGGGGAGAAGGGGGGGUACCUGCGGGACGAGGAGGACGGCUCCCCGCAGGCGGGAGGCAGCGACGCCGAGGCGGGGGAGGAGGACAAGGCCUGCGUGGUGGACUGCGUGGUCUGCGGCGACAAGUCCAGCGGCAAGCACUACGGCGUCUUCACCUGCGAGGGCUGCAAGAGCUUCUUCAAGCGGAGCAUCCGCCGCAACCUCAGCUACACCUGCAGGUCGAACCGGGACUGUCAGAUCGAUCAGCACCACCGCAACCAGUGCCAGUACUGCCGCCUCAAGAAGUGCUUCCGUGUGGGAAUGCGCAAAGAAGGUAAAGGUCGAGGGAACAUCCAGGGGCUCCUUCCAGACAGCAAGACAGCUGUGCAGCGGGGCCGGAUCCCCCCGUCCCACUCGGGGAUCAGCCCCACGUCCACGCCCGGCGCCGGGGGGGGCGGCGGCGGCGGCGGCGGGGGGGUGGACUUCUUCAACGGGCAGCCCGUGUCCGAGCUCAUCUCCCAGCUGCUGCGGGCCGAGCCGUACCCCAGCAGCCGGUACGGCGCCCAGUUCGGCCAGCAGCCGCAGCAGGGCGCCAGCGUCAUGGGCAUCGACAACAUCUGCGAGCUGGCCGCCCGCCUGCUCUUCAGCACCAUCGAGUGGGCCCGCAACAUCCCCUACUUCCCCGAGCUGCCCGUGUCCGAGCAGGUGGCGCUGUUGCGGCUCAGCUGGAGCGAGCUCUUCAUCCUCAACGCCGCGCAGUCCGCCCUGCCCCUGCACAUGGCCCCCCUGCUGGCGGCCGCCGGCUUCCACGCCGCGCCCAUGUCGGCCGAGAGGGUGGUCUCCUUCAUGGACCAGGUGCGCGUCUUCCAGGACCAGGUGGACAAGCUGACCCGCCUGCAGGUGGACUCGGCCGAAUACAGCUGCCUCAAAGCCAUCGCCCUCUUCUCGCCAGACGCCUGCGGCCUGACGGACCCGGCCCACGUGGAGAGCCUGCAGGAGAAGGCCCAGGUGGCCCUGACCGAGUACGAGCGCGCCCAGUACCCGGGCCAGCCCCAGCGCUUCGGCCGCCUGCUGCUCCGGCUGCCCGCCCUCAGGGCCGUGCCCGCCUCGCUCAUCUCCCAGCUCUUCUUCAUGCGGCUGGUGGGCAAGACGCCCAUCGAGACUCUGAUCCGCGACAUGCAGCUCUCUGGCAGCUCCAUCAGUUGGCCCUACGUCCCCGGGCAGUAGCGAUGGCACGGCUGUGCUCUCUGGCCCGAGCCUCUUCUUCCACUGCACACCAGCUUGAUCUUUAUUGUUUGAGUUUUGGAGGCCUCAUCAGUCAAGGUAACAACACAAGAGCUAUAGAAUACUGUACAUCAGAGAGCUCUACUCCCUGCAGAUCUGGAUCUGAAGGCUCUUCGGCAGGUUUGCAAUGAGCAUGUUUGUACUCAUCCCUAGAGCCACCAGGAGAACUGCAACACCAAAGGAAAGGGAACCUCGCGAGAGCACGUCUCUAAGAGCAAGUCAAAUAGGAGACGGGCAUAAAGCUUUGCAUUGUCAUUGAACUGGAAGACAAAUGGAGUGAGGAAACUAGGGAAAAAAAGGCGACACUAAAAUUCUCUGUUGGAUUUCCUGUGGAGAAUGAGGAAUAAAGAGUUUAACUGUUAGAGAUAUAGAAAUUCAAGUCAUCUGUUAGAUCACACCAUGUAAACCUGGAAUAAUGUUGCCUUUAUUCCAGGGAAAUCUUCCCAUUUGCCUUCAUUCCAAAAGCCUAAUAACGACCUGUAUUCAUUUAUGACUGCAGAGUAAGGGAUUUAGAACUGUGUUUGGAUUUGUGUUAAAACAUCGGUGGCAGGAGACCAUCUGACAGGAGUAAAAAGAAGAGAAGGUUCUGUGUUUGAAACAAUGCUCACAUCUGCUUUAAGAUACAAAAGCCAUCCAUUCUAUCGCAGGAAAUUAGCAAAAGAAUUAGACAGGUUCUAAAAGUCACUCGGGUUGAGAACUGCACUAAGUCAAAGAACUGGACUGCAAUAACAGCCAACUCUCCGUUUUCAAUCCGAGUACGAAUGGUGAAUGUCAUGGCUUUGCCAAAAGAACAAGAUGGAAAGUUAAUCAACAAUCACUGUUGCUUUGCAUAGUGAAAACAUGUAGCCUGAUAGCCUUGUGCAAACAUCGUUCUAAUGCAGUGUGCAAACCAUUGGGAAUAUACUGCAUGCUUUUAUCUGGACAGAUCUUUGCCUAAAGGAAGUUUUUCACAUGCACAGCUUGAGUGUGGUCUCGGGGAAAAAAACAGAAAAAAAGUGGCUUUCACUGCCUUCGAAUGGGACAGCAAUAAAAUACAGAAAGCGUUUCUAGUGACCCUUGCCUCACUCAGAUUGUGCAUACACCAAUCUAUUUUCCCCUGAUCUUUUUCUUUGAAAAAAGGCCAAUAAACACUUCUGACUCCCCUUUAAGAUAUGCUGUAAUCAGUUUUUCAAGUCGUAGAAAAAAAACUUUAAAAAAAAAGAUGUCUUCAACAUGCAAUAGGCCCUGAACAGUCACUACACUGACAGCACAGCCCAAACUUGGAGCUCUACAUAGAACUUAGUUAUGUAUCAUCUCACUACCCUGCACUGCGAUUGCAUCUUGACACAGCCCGAUGAGCUGAGAGGCUGACCGUCAUGGACAGACAUUUAGGGUUUAAUGACCAACAUCUCUCUGAAAGUAUAGUUUAAUUAAAGGCAUAUUGUCAAAGCUGCUGACAAAUAAUUUAAUGUACUUGUCUUUUUUGCCUGUACAUGUAAAAAAGCUCAGAAUUACAUUUUUAGCCCUGUGAGCACGGACGAUGGGCUAGAAAUCUCACAUCCUACAACUGACCAGAACUUACCUCAUACCUGCGCCUUCACGCACUGGAAUCUUCUAAUCUUCACUGAAACGCAACGUUUCAGCACGUCAAAAUGAUUUUUCUUCUAAUUAGCUUCAAGACUCCCGUGAGUAUGACUGCGUAUUAAUCACCAAAUCACAAUGUGAAGACGCGCGUUGACUUCUAUGAUUGUGUUAAAAAUCUAUAUAUAAAUAUAUAUUUUUUGCCUCAGUUUAUGAUUGUUUUUCCUGGCUUUUCUAGUUUUUACGGUGAAAAUUCUUGUCAGGGCUCAUGCCAACUUGCGUAUCCUGCUGAUCCUGCUUCACUUACGAAGUCGCAGCUGUACUCGGAGACAAACCUGGA